CCCAAGACGAACCCUCGAGUGGAACCGAGAYUUGUUCGCUUCUUCGGAKUKCUUUGAAUCUAGACAAARAACUCUACCAUGCCRUCGCCGUUCCGAUCUCGGGGACGGUCCUUUGCCCUUGUCGCAGCAUUUGUGUCGUCCUUCCGGAACAGCGAUCCGAUUCCCUUUAUGAGCGUCCGGGCUGCGAGCCAUACCAAUGAAGAAGCAGAACCACCGAACCUUCCCCUCGGCGACAUGAAUGUCGUCGUCCUGACCGAUGUUCAUUCGUGGGUGGCCUCCCACCGACACCAAGAGCCCUACUACGAUGCCGAUCUGGGCGACGUCUUGUCCUUUUGGGAGCUUCUGAAGGAGCGCGUGGAGGGCGAUCGGAACAAGGGCCGGGACAUUUUCUUUGUCAACAACGGCGAUUUCGUAGACGGCACCGGCCUAAGCCGGACGAUCGACAGCCAGAACGAUCCUUCGGCCCUCCUUCCCCUCCUCGAAAAAAUGCCAUACGACGCGGUGAACGUCGGGAACCACGAGCUCUACAGCAAGAGUACYAUCGAGGCAAUGACCCGGGCCGGUGGCUACGUCGAUUGGUGGGGGGAUCGGUACCUSACCUCGAACAUCCACGCCGUGGAACCGAAACAGACGGGCGGCGCGAGUGAAAAACGACCCCUCGGGAACCRCUACAAGGUCCUYGUUGGAUCCGGCGGGGGCAGGCUCCUCGCCUUUGGCUUUCUCUACAACAUGGGAAACUACGCCCGCGGCGCCGGCAUCGGGGUCGAACACGUCGAGUCCGUGGUGGCCGGGGCCUGGUUCCGGAAGGCCCUCGAAGAGGAGCGCUACGACGCCGUUCUGGUCCUGGCACACAUGGACCUGGUCGAUCCCCUGGUCGAGAAACUAAGGUCUGCCAUCCGCGGGGUGAUCGGGAACGAGACCCCCAUCGUCUUUGUCACCGGACACACACACUACCGUGGKGUCAAGCAGCUCGACGAYCGGGCGGUGACCUUUGAGGCCGGCCGGUACAUGGAUACGGUGGGYUUUGUCUCGUUUCCACGGAAAGGGUCGGCCGAGGGCGGCAGUGCCUCGUCCCUCUUUCGGCACAGGUUUCUGGACACCAACCGGGGGGUUCUCUUCAAUGAGACCCUCGGCCUCUCCCAUCCCGGAGAAUGGGCCACKAGCAACGGGGCCGAGCUCUCUUCCUUUGUCGAUCGCACACGGAAGAAGCUGGGCCUCGAGCGAGAGAUCGGCUGCGCUCCCCGCAGCUACUAUCUGGAGAAGCCGGUGGACGAUCCGGACUCGCUGUGGGGCCUCUACCGCGACGAGGUCGUCCCGGGGGUCUUUAGCGGGGAUCCGGCCGCCACUGCCAGCGGAGAGGAUCUCCCCGUGGCUAUGCUGCUGUCCAGUGAAUCCUGGAGGUACGACCUGUACAGCAACGCGACCCUCUGGGUCGACGAUAUCGUCGCCGUGGCACCCUUCAACGACACGGUCGUCCACCUCGGGACAUUCGAGAGAGAAGUWAUYCUGGGGGCCAACGCCACCCUCAACCAGCACCGAAACCAAGGRGGCGGCGGCGACUUCUCGUGGCACCCGGUUGUCCCGAGGUUCGUCCUGAUCGGAAACCUGGACGGCAGCGAAAGCCCGGAGGGCGACGCCGCUSYUGCCACCAAAUACCACCUCUACACCCACGAGUUCGGGGCGGAGACCGUCCGCAGGGCCGUGGAGAAGGCCGCCCCGCCGGACGAACCCGUGGAAAUCCGAAGGACGGAACACACAUCAACCCUGAUCUGGCUGGCCUUUGUGAAGGAGUACUGGCCCUGCAACGGCAGCGAAGGCAGCGGUGCCGGAAAAAUCCACCACCGCCACAAGCUCCCCCCCGCGRCGCACCCGGCAGCCGUCGCAAUGGCGGCUGGCCACCGCGGAGAAUAUCCGGGCUGUGGCRCCGUGUUCGCCUGGGCRGGGGUCCUCUGCUGGAUCUUGUCGGUCCUCUGGCGGAUGCCGAAGAAGCACCCAGCCCACCGGACCCUUCCGGGAGCGGGGCGCGGCGGAAACAAGGACGGGCUGGGGGACCAGCUCCAGGACUCCUCUGAACACAAAUCUCCCUCCCCGUGGUUCCCGUGAGACCGGCUCUCGCUUUUCUCGCUUGACUCGAAAAACAACAACAAGAGCAAGCACACUGCUACCGAAAUGCCAAUGCCUCGUGCAUUAUGCAUCGUGCAGCGACGGGCGACAAGGAAAUUUUCACGAGCGGUGUCCGGAUAGCUCAGCAUUCGUACCAGUAAAUCCUACUAGCCACA